AUGUCUUUAAAAUUAUGUUGUUGUUUGUGUUGCACACCAUGUAGUAACUACAAAGCUUUACAAAAUGUUUGGGGGGAAUGUAAUGAAAUCUAUGAAAUUACAGUCAAAUACUUUGAUCCAAUGUUACUCACAGAAUGCAUAAAUACAAUAAGUUCUGGAGAGAGUAGGGUACUUUGUGUGGACUGUUGGAUACACAUAAAGGACUUUCAUGAAUUUCAUCUAACGGUAUUAAAAACAAGGUCGUCACUAGAGCAGACCAAUAUCCAGAAAUCACCGUUGCACAUUAAACUAGAAGAAGAACAAGUCACUGUGCUAUUGCAUGAUGAAUACGUCGCUACUGCAGGUGGAGAGUUGGUAGAAUUUAAACAUGUAUCAAUUAAAAAUGAUCAGAAUCCCAUAGGAGACGAUACUGAAUUGGUCAGUGAUGAUGAUGACGAAGAUGACGAGUGCUACAAAAAACCUAUAAGCGAAUUAUUGAAAGCCCAAAAGUCUUUAAAAAGCAGUAAAGAAAUACAGGAUAAAGUGACCAAUUUGUGUAAUAAUUUAGACAAUAAAAGUGAACCUAAAUCUCGUAGAGUUCGAAAGUCAAAAGAAACUGAAAAAUUAGCUGCUAUCAAUGAUGGUGACGAAACUUUAGCAAUAAAAAAACCUAAAGACACUGAAAAUAAAACACGCCUUCAUCCAGCCUUAGAAAAAUUUCGAAAACAUAAUGAAUUUAUAGCGGAAUGGAAAUCACAACUAGAAUGUGAUGUUUGUAGUGAAAUAUUUUCCAAUUUCGACUUGUUAAAGCGGCAUUUUAAGGACAAACACAAUGCCAGAUGUUAUGUCAAAUGCUGUGAACGAACAUUUUAUCGUCGCUGUGCUUUGGUUGAACACAUACGUCUCCAUAUAAAUCCAGAGAUACACAAAUGCGACAUAUGUGGUAAACUUAGUACCAGUAAAUUUAAUCUUAAACUUCAUAAAAGAACUAUUCACGAGGUAACACAGCUCACAUUUGAAUGUACGGUAUGUCAAAAGAUUUUUAAACAAAAACAAAAUUUAGAACGUCAUUUGUUAACGCAUGUUACGGGCAAUAAAGAUUUUAAAUGCAACGAAUGUGAGAAAGCAUACGUUCUGGAAGUUCAACUUAAAGCUCACAUUAAAUUGGUCCAUAAUGAUAAUAGAGUUUGUGAUCAGUGCGGUAAAACUCUGCACGGCAUUGGUGCACUUAAAAAACACCUGAAAGAACAUGAAGGUAUUGAAAAGCCUAAAUUUCCCUGUGACGAAUGCGGUACGGAAUUAGCAUCGAGUACAAAUCUAAAACGCCAUAAAGCUGCAUAUCAUAACGAUGGCUCUACCGUGUACAUUUGCAGUAUAUGUGGGAAAGUUUCAGGUAGUGAACGCGGUCUAAUGAAUCAUAGAAAAUUUGUACACGAAAUCGAAAGAAAACAUAAAUGCCCGCAUUGCGAUAAGGGAUUUAAAAGACCGAAAAAUUUACAAGAACACAUUGCCACUCAUACAGGUGAAGCAUUGUAUCAGUGUCAAGAUUGCCCGAAAACCUUUAAAAUUAACUCCAAAUACCAUCAUCAUCGUAAAACAGCUCACCCUGUUGAGUGGGAAAAGGGCAGAAAGCAUCGUUUGGAAAAACUAAAAAUUGAUUUUGAACAAGUUACAAAUCAAGUUAUACUUUAAGUUACCUUCACGCUGAGUAAUAAGGUUGAGUAGCAGGCCUUCUUGGAGAAGUUUAAUGUCCAAUAUCCCAAAUGGAAGCCUCAAGAAUGUUGCAGAGUCACGUUGACGUUAUUUCAAAUUAUUUAAAAAAGAGGAAUAUAGAAAAGUCAUCUCAUAUCACUUUUGCUCUAAGAAAAGGCUAUUGUCCAGCUGUAUACGAGUAUAUCGACAGACAACAAAUUCCGAAUUCGAAUUGUGGAAAAUAUCUUGGAAUGCACUUAGAUAGACGACUAACAUGGAAAGACCACAUAAAAACAAAAAAAAGAACACCAUAAUAUUAUAAGAUAACGAAAGUACUGGCUUUACGUUAUAAAACAGUAUUAAAACCUAUGUGGACAUAUGGAAUAGAGUUAUGGGGCAGCUUCAGCAA